AUGUCAGCCUACCACCGCCGCCGCGGCUGCUCCGAUCUCCUCCUCCCCUGCCGCCACCCCUCCUCCUCGACAAAUUCCGAAACCCUCCUCGUCUGCCUCCAAGCCUGGGAGUGCAUCUACGGCCUCACAAUCCCAUACCAGCAACACACCUCGAGGUCGUUAUACGACAUCUCCUCCCCCUCCUUCGACCCCUUGCCAAACCAGACUUAUCUUACCUUUCUCAACUCACCCAAGUUUCUAUCCGCUAUUGGCUCACCAAUAAACUUCACCGAUCUCCCUCCCCCCCUCCCCGCCCUUCGGGACGACCCGCUGGUAGCCAUCAAAGAGCUACUAUCCCAAGGGGUUCGGAUCGCCCUGCUGUCCGGCGACAGAGACUACCUCUGCAACUGGUACAGCGGGCAAUCAACCUCUCUCUCUAUCGCCGGAUCCUUCUCGCGGUAUAAUGCUUUUCAUACAACCGGCUACGCCCCCCUCCUCACCAACAAAACCUACACCGGCGGCUCAACCCGCCAGCUCUCCAACCUCUCCUUCACCCGCGUCUACGACGCAGGUCACUUCCCCUCUCACUCCCAGCCCGAAACCACUUUCGAAAUCUUUUCCCGGAUCAUCCUCGGAUCCUCAAUCAGCACAGGCGAAAAAGUCAAUCUUGCCUCCUUUGCCACAAAGGGCACCCCCGAAGCGGACAAGACAGGGCCGGAGCUGCUCGCGACAAAUGUCCCCAAUGCGAGGUGCUAUAUCCGAAAGGUGGCAGAUACGUGCGAUGACGAGUCUGUGAGGGCCGUGUUGAGGGGAGAAGGGGUCGUGAUCAACGGGGUUUGGUAUAAUUCUGCCGGUGAUUGGCAGUUGCCGGGGCAGAGGAGUGAUGGUGAGGCUGCUGGGGAGGAGGCCGCGCCGACCUCAACGAUCAUGACGGGAAUAUUUACCACGUCACUUUCCGCGGCGAAGCCAACGUCUAGCAGUGGAGGCUCCUCUGCUUGUGACAACCCCGCGCGUGGGCUAUUGAUGGUGAGCGUGUUGGCUGGGUUGCUGCUGUUGUAA